UAAUAUAAAAUAAAUGACAGUUUCAAGCGUAAGAAAAUGUAUUAUAAUAUUUAAACGCGCUGCAACCGCAAGUAAUAGAUGAUUUAAUAAAUUAAAAAGGGUAAAUGUGCAAUAGUUAAUUUAAAAAACGUCAAAUAAGCUUGUUUAGCUCAGAAAGAAACCCAAAAGACAGCUACUAAAAGCGAGAAAGAGAGCGCAACAAUUUGUAUUUUUAGUUGUAUGUAGUGAAGGGGGUUGGCGAGGUGUGGUGAGGUGGUGAAGACGAGAGGGCAAGCAAACCCUUUCGAUUUUUAAUUGAAUUAAAUCCAAAAAGUCUACCACAAAAUAUCGAACUCUAUAGAGAGGACGUAGACGUGGAAUCGAAGAGGAAUGGUUUUUAUACGGGAUCCUUGUGGCAUCGCCUGUCUAAUUGUGACCUAUGGAGCUGUUUUCUAUGCCGACUAUGUUGUCAUGCGUUGGAUUAUCCUUACAACAAUGCCAGUCAGCAUUUGGGCGCCCUUUCAUGUGGUGCUCUUCAAUACGGUUGUCUUCCUGUUGGGCAUGUCUCAUGCCAAGGCUGUCUUCUCUGAUCCGGGCAUUGUGCCAUUGCCAGCUAAUCGUAUAGAUUUCUCUGACAUGCAUACCACAAACAAAAAUAAUCCCGCUGGCAAUGGCCAUAGUAGCGAGUGGACUGUCUGCACCCGUUGUGAGACAUAUCGACCGCCUCGUGCCCAUCAUUGUCGAAUUUGCAAGCGUUGUAUUCGUCGGAUGGAUCAUCAUUGUCCAUGGAUCAAUAAUUGCGUGGGCGAACGUAACCAAAAAUACUUUCUACAAUUUCUUAUUUACGUUGGCAUCUUAUCUCUCUACUCACUGGUCCUAAUUGUGGCCUCAUGGGUGUCUCCAUGCGAGGAAUGCAAUCAAAACGUGAUUGAAUCUCAGCUAAGAAUGAUUCACUCGGUCAUUUUGCUGUUGGAGUCCGCAUUAUUCGGACUCUUUGUAACCGCCAUAAUGGUAGAUCAAUUGCACGCCAUUCUGUACGAUGAGACAGCCGUGGAGGCGAUACAACAGAAGGGUACCUACAGGCCCAAUCGACGUAAAUAUCAACUACUGGCCGAUGUGUUUGGACGCGGUCAUCCGGCUUUAUGGCUAUUGCCGUGCACCAGUUUAAAUCAUGCAUCCCGCUACCAUGACACUCCUCUACUUAGUCACGAUGUCUAAGAGAGGGUUGUGUCCAUGUGUAUAGGACAUAUAUAUACAUACGUUCCGAUUUCAACUCCAUUAAAUAACACUUUUUUGUUAAUAGCUUUUAA